GUUGUCGUCGUCGUCGUCGUCGUCGUCUAAACUCUGUCUCUGUCUCUUUCAAGCAACUCGCGCAACUUAGCCGAGAUAGUAAGUAUACUCAAGCACUGUUCCUGUGACAUGGAAUAUUUUUCGUUUGUUCGUUACUUUUGUUUGCCAUUGAUCUGAUUAGGAGAAAUAGUGUUUAGCAAAAAGGGGAGAAAAAAAAUUGGAGAAAGAAAUCUAGAGAAAAAAAGAGCCGGAGCAAAUAAUAAUAGAAAAAAAGAGUUUGUGAGAUAACGUGAAAUCGCACAACAGUAAAAUUACACAACGUUUGGAAUGCACAGAACUUUACGGUGGCAACUGUCAAAAUACACACACACACAUACACAUACUCGACGAGACAAUACAAACCAUCCCGUUAUAUUUCAAAAGAAAAUUUUCAAGUGCAUUUAACGAAGCAGUUGAAAAAAGAAGCCAAAGAGUUGAGUUGAUGAAGUCAUUGGCUCUGAGAAGAAUGUUCAAUAGAAAAAUUCCGAAGAAAAUUUAGAAUGUUGUAGAAACGAUACUGGUUUGAUUGAAAUUGAUUUGCAUUUCGGUGUGUAUCGGUGGUAUAGUGUGCUUAUUCGCUUUUGGUUUGAUUUGAGGCACAACGAAUGAAGCGUGGAGCGAGCAAUUUUCCUCAAUAAAUAAGCGGCACGUUGCACAUUUGUGUUUAGGUUGUGUAAUACACUUUAAAUUGUCCGGUGUUUCAUGUCUCUUUACCAACAACACGUGCUACUUUCUCACGUUCCGAAUCCACCAAAUAGCACCAACGGCGGCGGCGACGACAACAGCACACAACCCUAUGACGGCAAUAAUAAAAGUGCGACAUUUGACAAAAAAAAAUUGCUCCUGUGUGCUCGUCGAGAAAAGUUAGCCAAACCACAGAAGAAAAAAAAAUAAACAAGUUUUCCAGUCGAACCAAAUCCAAACUGAACCAGUUACAAAAAAAAAAUAGACACUGAACACUCGUCAAAAAUCAUGUCAAUUGAAAUCAAACCGAGUCCGCUAACGGAUUUAUUGGCCGUCAAUGGUUUACUGGUGAUUGACGGUGCAAUGGGAACUGAGCUCGAAGUUCGUGGCUGUAAUCUAAACGAUAAACUAUGGUCGGCCAAAGUAUUGCUCGAAAAUCCGGAACUCAUUUAUCAAGUGCAUUUGGAUUAUUUCCGUGUGGGUGCUGAUUUUGUCAUCACAUCCAGUUAUCAAGCAUCGGUGGCUGGUUUUGCACGUCGUGGCCUAAACGAACAACAAGCCCUUGCAUUGAUUGCAAAAAGUGUUGAAUUGGCCAAACAGGCGCGAACUGAUUAUUUGAAUGAGCUUAAACAGGCGAAAACGCUGCUGAUUGCCGGUUCAGUGGGUCCGUAUGCAACUCUAUUGGCCGAUGGUUCGGAGUAUCGUGGCGAUUAUCAAUUGUUACAUGAUGAAUUUGCCGCUUAUCAUCGGCCACGUAUACAAGCAUUAGUCGAGGCUGGCGUUGACUUUUUAUGCAUAGAAACCAUACCAUCGGUAUCUGAGGUGCAAUCACAAUUAAAAUUGCUCACCGAAUUUCCAACAAUGACCGCAUGCAUAACGUUCAGUCUACGUGACACGGAACAUCUUUGUGAUGGCACACCGCUAUCGGCUAUUAUCGAUCAAAUCAAUGCUCAGCCACAAGUGGUGGCUAUCGGUGUGAAUUGUAUUGCAUUGGAAAAAGUGACGGGGGCAUUGAAAACGUUGCGACGUUUAACUGAUCGCCCAUUAUUGGUGUAUCCAAAUUCGGGCGAACAAUAUGAUCCAAUUACGAAAACUUGGAUCAGUCGCAAUGAUAUACAAUCAUUGGUCGAUCAUAUUGAUGAGUGGCUGGAAGCUGGUGCUAAAAUGAUUGGUGGCUGUUGCCGAACUGGACCACAGGAUAUCCAACAAAUUGCCGCUAAAUUGAAACAACGCACUUAAAAUCGAUACAAAAUUGACUUUUAACUGGCCUCAUUCAUUUUAAAUUGAGUUUUAAAUGACUUUUACAUAAGUGAAUGACCAUACAACGGAUACACUAUCAAUUCGGUUCUUUUUUGUUAAUGAUUUUAUUAUCAAUUUUUUUUUGUGUUAUUGCUCUUCUUGUUGUUGUUAUUCCGAAUUCAGAUUCGCAAUGUUGUUAUGCCAAUUCAAUACGACCACCUUUUUUUU